AUGUGCUACGCUGCUUGCUAGGAGGCAUUCGAAUGGUGGAAUUCUUCAACCUUCUGGUGUCAAAAGGGCUGUGACCUUUCAAGAGGCAGAAUGUCAGACCCCCUUUUCAGAGAGGAGGCAGACAACAUGUGCAAAAUGAUGGCUGCAAGCAAUUAUGCUCUCAAAGAUUUCGAGAAUCUCGAUGAGGUUGAUGAUAAAAGAAUUCAUGCCACUAUGUACCCAGUAAACGCCACCAACUUAUAUAAAGCUUGCCUUGCUGGAGUCAGACGCCAAAGAUACUGA